UUAGACUGUAUUGUGUUGGAUCAUAGAACUAAAUCUAAUAUUUUUAUCCUUAUCCUAACCAAUCUUACUUCUCAUACCAUCCAACGAAGACAACGAGACGAGUACUAUCUAAUCACAGGCAGAGUAGGGCGGCGAUGACUUCUCUAUCCUAGAGUAAAAAACAGGAAACGGCCGCCGUGUUGUUUCUUAACGCGAGAACAGAACACGGGAUUUGUGAAGGCCGGGGUUUCAUUCAUCACGCCGAGAGUUAGAAGAUGGCCACUCCGGAAGUACGGCUGAAUCAUACAAUCUACAUUAACAACUUGAAUGAGAAAAUCAAGAAAGAUGAGUUGAAGAAGUCGUUGUAUGCCAUCUUCUCACAGUUCGGACAGAUUUUGGACAUCUUGGUCGCACGAAACCUGAAAAUGAAGGGUCAGGCCUUUGUUAUCUUUAAAGAGGUUAACAGCGCGUCCAAUGCCCUGAGAUCCAUGCAGGGGUUUCCUUUCUAUGACAAACCCAUGCGUAUCCAGUAUGCCAAACAGGACUCAGAUAUCAUAGCUAAAAUGAAGGGAACAUAUGUGGAGCGUGACCGUAAGAAGGAAAAGAAGAAGAUCAAAGGACCUGACACAGCGGGUGCUAAGAAGGGUGUACAGGGAGCUGCUGCACCCAUGGUCGCUGGUGUAGCUGCUGCCAUGCCUGGAAUGCCUCCCAUGAGCCAGGCUCCCCGUAUGAUGCACAUGCCAGGCCAGCCGCCUUAUAUGCCCCCUCCUGGUAUGAUGCCUCCACCAGGAAUGGCGCCUGGUCAGAUGCCCCCUGGUGCCAUGCCGCCUGGCCAGAUGAUGCCUGGACAAAUGCCCCAGCAGGUUGCAGAAAAUCCUCCCAAUCACAUCCUCUUCCUCACCAACCUGCCAGAGGAGACAAACGAACUCAUGCUCUCCAUGCUCUUCAACCAGUUCCCCGGGUUCAAGGAGGUGCGUCUGGUUCCUGGUCGCCACGACAUCGCCUUUGUGGAGUUUGACAAUGAAGUGCAGGCCGGCGCUGCACGAGAUGCACUACAAGGCUUUAAGAUCACACAAGCAAAUGCCAUGAAGAUCUCAUUUGCUAAGAAAUAACACCUCUAGACCUUUUCUUAAGCACACAGUUCUUUAUAAAGAUGUACGGUGGUGACCUGAACUCAGACCAAUUUUUAGAAAUUUACAUUUUCUGAUCACUGCAGCACCUGUUCUGGGAUUACAUGUAAGUAUACAUUGUUUGCAUCAAGUUGCUUUGUUUUAUUAUGUCUUGAUAUGAAAUGAUGGUCAGGUAAAUUUACUGAGGACUUUUGCUUCCUUCAAAAAUAUCUGCUGGUUUACCUUUUUUGGCUUUAUACUCAAAUCCAUCAGCAACUUGAUGCAACUACUGUUUGUUUCAUUUAUAUAUUUUUUAAACUGUCAUAAAGCAUUGCACCCAGAGUCUGGUCUACCAGAUAUUGUACCUGGAGCUUUUUUCUUUUUAUAAUUAAAACUUUUUCUUUGAA